AUGGUCAAACUAACACUCUUCAAUAAGCUCAUCGUGGCCUUUGUUGCCCUGGGCUCUUAUACCUAUGGGUUUUGUUACGCCAUCUUCGCUACUUCCAUUGGGGUGCCCGGCUUCUACUUGUACUUUGAUCUUGAACCUACGAGCUCGUACACUGCCAGCAUUAUAGGAGCCGUCAGCUCCCUAUUUGCCGCAGGUGCCGCCUUUGGCGCCAUUUUCCAAGGAUGGCUCGCCGACUGGGUUGGACGGAAAAACAGCCUGAUUGUCUCCGCCAUCAGCUCCCUGAUCAGCUCAGCAUUGGUCGCCGGCAGUGUGAAUGUCCCCAUGUUGGUGACAUGUCGUUUCCUACAAGGUUUCGGACUGGGGAUGUUGCUCGCGCUGGUUCCCUUGUACAUCUCGGAAGUGGCUCCGCCACAUCGUCGAGGAGCUCUCACGGCCUUCACCGCAGGGGGGUUCGCCGGUGGUUAUUUCACGUCUGCGUGGAUCGGUUAUGCGUGUUACUUUGCAAAGUCCCUGACAGUGCAAUGGAGACUUCCCCUUGCGCUGUGCUGUGUCUCGCCACUCUUCAUGCUUGCAGGCGUCUGGUGGCUGCCAGAGUCACCCCGGUAUCUGAGCUUGAAAGGUCGCACAGACGAGGCAUGGGACGUUAUUCGAAGGAUCCAUCACGAUCCAACCGAUCCCGGCGACACAGCUGCGCGCGCCGAAUACAUCCAGAUCACGAGACAGGUCGAUUUCGACAAGCACACCAAGGCGGGAUAUUUGGACAUGUUUCGACACCCGUCCUGGCGAAAGCGAGCUGUCCUGACAAUCUUCCUUAUAUUCGCCAUGCAGUCGGCCGGUAUUCUCGGCAUCACCAACUACGUGGUUCUCAUUUGCCAAAGCUUGGACCUGUCAGGCUCUAUGCCCCUGCUCAUGUAUGCUGUCUACAUUGUGGUUGCGGCAUCGGCAAAUUGGGCAAAUAGUCUUGCAGUCGACAGGAUGGGUCGGCGAAAAAUGUUUUUGAUCGGGAUCCCUACGACUGGAGCUUGUCUUUUGGCAGAGGCUCUGCUGCAAAGGCAGUACGUCGGGACGCAGGACAAGCCGGGGCUCAGUGCCGCAUUGUUCUUCAUCUUCCUCUUCGGGGUAUGCUACGGAUUCUUCUUGGAUCCAACACAGUUUGUGUGGUGCGCCGAGAUCUAUCCCACGACUCUCAGAGCCAAGGGGCUGGGACUCACCUUCUUCACCUACUUUAUCGGCGCCAUCACCUACACCACUCCGGCGGCGACGGCCUUUAAGAACAUCGGAUGGAAAUACUACUUGGUCUGGGUGGCUUGCGACGUCGUGUCUGUGGUGAUUGUCUACUUCUACAUCCCCGAGACCACCGGCCUCUCCCUGGAAGAGGUUGGAGCGAUCUUCCGAGAUACCGUCAUUGUCCACCUGACCAAAGACGGCCAUGGGCUGAUGGAGGCAGACCAAAUGGACAAGGCACCGGCUGAAGAGGUCGAAGAUCUGAACGGCAAAGUCGACAUGGAGAGCAUUAGCGUGCAGAAAGUAGGCGGCUAG